AAGGCUCAUCGACCAAAACAAAAGGUGUUGUGCAAGGCAAUCAAAGAACUAUCUGAGGAAAGAGCUCGUAGAGGAAAGGGGUUAGGAGAUACCCAAGAUGAGAAUGUUAUGUUUGCCAUAUCACCCCAAAGCAACAAAAGCGUACAGCCAAGCUGGUGGGAAGGAAAUGCUCGGUGUAGUGCUAUCCAGAUGACAAGCCUUUAGACGUUUUAUGGAGCCCAGGUCUCCAUUGUGUCCGAAGGUUUUCUGAAGAGCCAGCUAUUAUCUGUCCAAAUACAAGAUGUUGAACAGUUACUUGGUUCCAAUGGUUCUCUUAGUUUGCAAGCAGCAAAUGGAACUGAUAUCCCAUAAUGUGGGUGCGCAGAGAUUGGUGUGGGGUUAUCAAAUGUGAAUGAGGCAGAGGUAAGAGUUCCAUUCUUAGUAACGAAGGAGGAAAUUGAACAGCCCAUCAUUGGUUGUAAUGUCAUAGAGCUAAUGGUGAAGAACACUGAAGGUGAGGUGGAUGGGGAAAAAUUACCAGGAAGGACGAUGAAAAGCUUCCAAGUAGAGAUAGUGACAUACAAGCCUUGAUAAGCAUCAUACGUGCUACUAAUUCUGAUGAGCUUUGCUUUGUUGAAUCCGCUAAGAAGGCACAUACUAUCCCUGCUGGACAGACUAUUCGUUUACCUUGUCGUGCCAACACUGGAACAAUUCACCGCAAGACACCGGUAAUAUUUGAACCAGAUGAGCUGGCUACCUGGCCUUCAGGAUUAGAAGUACAUGAUUCCCUUACAACUAUGAAGGAAGGUGAUGUUACCAUAUUAUCCCUCAACGUGACCAACAACACCAAUCACGACAUCUCUCUUCCCAGAAGAGUGGUCCUGGGCCGCCUUCGGUUAGUUCGCUCGGUGACUCCUGUUGAAGUGAGAUUCAAGAAUACAGAGACG